AUGGCGGGCCUGGGCAAACCCCAACCCAUCCAUUCCCUUCACGUGGGCAACGACGGCGCCGCUUUCGUCGAGGUUCUCGUGGCUUCCUCGGCCGGCGGUGAAUUCCAGGUGUUGCUGCCCAGCGCUGCUCUGAUGUCACCCAGCGAGAGCCGGGCCGGGGCAGAACCGAGGCGGGUUCGGAUUUUUGGGCCGGAUUCUUUGGUUAAAAAUCCGGCUCAGGCUACCUGGGACAGGUUAAAGGUGGUGUUGAGUCAACCUUACUGCCAGACUCGUCCCUACGGGCUGGCGUUCAUCCGGGUGUUUGCUGCGCCCAGAGAGGACGAGGGGACGGCUGGGGGGACGGUGAGUGACCCCCGAGUGACCCCUGAGUGCGCGUUCGCGCGGACGCCCAAGGCGGCUCGGGCGAGGCAGCUCGGGGGAGUGGUGGUGGCACCUGGAUGGAUCUGGGAGUGUCAGAGGUUACGGGCCAGGGUCCCGUGUGGGCCGUACCUCCUGGACGGCUCCACCUCGUCCAGCAGCGAGGGGGAGGAGGCUGAGGAUGCCCCGCCCCCUUCCCGCCCCUCCCCCCUCAAGGUGGGGAAAAAGGCGGGGCCGACUCACCUGGACACACCUGAGACCCCUCCCCCACCCGCAGCGCCGGCCACGCCCCCCGAGUCAGGUGACAGCGACGGCCAAUCAGACACCGACCCCUACGGAGGCUCCACCGAGGAGAACAGCGAGGACGAGGAGGGGGAGGGGGAGCAGGACGAGCCCAUCCCCCCCCUGCCAGAUUUCUUUCAGGACAAAACGUUUUUUUUCCACGGGGAAUUCCCGGAGGGGGAGGAGCGGCGGCUGCUGCGCUACGUGGUGGCGUUCGGGGGCACCCUGGCCCCGUACAUGGACGAGUCGGUGACUCACGUGGUGACAGCGCAGGACUGGGACCCCGCCUUCGAGGAGGCUCUGGAGCUCCGCCCCUCGCUGACCUUCGUGCGUCCCCAUUGGCUGCUGCUCUGCGGGGAGCGCCAGCGCCCCCUGCCGGCCCAGCCCUACGCCGUGGUGCCCCGCGCGUGA